CAGAAAGAACAGUAAAAAUGCAGGCAGGGCGCCGGACAAAGCACACGGGACAAAAUUGUAUUGAGUGAAUGUCAAAUUUUUACAUUUUUGAAUUUCCCGCCAGUUUUGUCCUUCGUGCGUCCCAACACUUGCAGGGUGCCGGCAUCGGCCGGCGGACAUUACAGGGGACACUGCAGGAGGGACAUCGCGGGAGCGCAGGACAAGGUAACUGAUACAGGGAUCGCUGGAGAAGCGCUGCAGAGUAUUCCCGGUGUAGCUCAGGGUUACCUCUUUUGGUACUGAAA